CUAAAAGCGCCACUUCCUUUCCCAUUCGCUUUGUAACGUACAAGACCCUUUUAAUACGAAUCCAGCCUUAACCCUCGGACAGGAAGAAUUUGUUCUGUGCCAAAAGACCCAGGCUUCCGCCCAAACAGACCACAAAGACCUCCUCGCAGCCUAGAGUGGAAAGUGGCUGCCCCGCUCUACCCUUGCGCGGCCCCUCCUCUAAAUUCAGAGUCUGUUCUCUAUGGUGGUUUUACGGACUCGGAGGUACGGGUUUUGCGCCAAACUAGUGCAGCGAGAGCUGCGGCCGGAGCGCAGUCAUCCCCGCCUCCUCCCCAAGGGCAGCGACAGCAGAAGGUACAACAUGAACGCCCGGCCGACCCAGCUGCCUCGAGCGACUCCCUGGCGCUCCCUGCCUUGCCCGCGCACCGAACUCCGCCUCGACCUGGUACUCUGUGGCGGACAGACCUUCCGGUGGUCUGAAAGCAGCCCUGGCUGCUGGACUGGCGUGCUGGCUGGACGAGUCUGGACUCUCACGCAGUCUGAGGAACAUCUGUGGUACACCUUGCAUGAAGAGGAGAAGGAGGAUGGGGGCAGAGAAGAAGAAGGCCUCUCCGAACCUCCCAUGAAGAAGAGCAGGAAGCAAGCACAGCCGGAACCUAAUCGUGCUGGGACAAGUGAACGUCCAGGCAGCCAUUUGCCUGCAGAGCUGGCUCGGGGAGCAGACGGCUUGACUCCUUCUCAGAUCCUUCAGGACUAUUUCCAGCUACACGUCAACGUGUCUGCCUUAUACCAGGGUUGGUCUUACGUUGACUCACAUUUCCGGGAAGUAGGUGUUAAAUUCCCAGGCGUCCGGGUGCUGCGGCAGGACCCAGUGGAGUGCCUCUUCUCCUUUAUCUGCACCUCCAACAACCACUUGUCCCGCAUCACCAACAUGAUUCAACACCUUUGCCAGGCCUUUGGGCGCCGCCUCUGCCAGCUGGAUACCAAGACCUAUCAUGCCUUCCCCUCACUGCAAGCCAUGGCAGGAGCAGAUACAGAGGCUCGGCUGAGGGACCUGGGAUUCGGUUAUCGGGCCCGGUUUAUUAGUGAGAGCGCCCGGGCUGUCCUGAAGACUCUUGGUGGGGCCGCUGGCCUCCAGCAGUUGCGCACUGUCCCUUAUGAGCAGGCUCGGCAUGCCUUAUGCACCCUUCCAGGAGUGGGAGUCAAGGUGGCUGACUGUGUGUGCCUCAUGGCAUUGGACAAGACUGAGGCUGUACCAGUGGACACCCACAUAUGGCAGGUUGCCAAACGUUACUAUGGCCAAGAGUUGGGGAUGGGGGCCCGCAGUGUGACGGAGCGUGUCCAUCGAGAGAUUGGAAAUUUCUUCCGCAGCCUUUGGGGACCAUAUUCUGGAUGGGCGCAAGCAGUCCUUUUUUGUGCUGACUUAAGGAAGAACCAAGAGUCCUCAGAUCCAAAUACCAAACACCGUUGCAUCAAAGUGGCUCAGAGCAGCCACUCCACCUUGACAUAGUAACUUCUCUUGCAGCUCCACCUUAUUUAUGGGACUGAUACAGGCAAGUAAGAAGACCUUUCCUGUUAAUGGCUGAGGCCAGAGAGAAAUCACCAUGCUAAGAAUAAGGGUUUUGUGAGCCGUUGAGAAAGACUGAGGCUGCUGUAUGUUGUGGGGAUCCUCAGUCAGCUGCUCCUGCUUUCGUUUUUUAAAUUUUAUUGUCUUUUUCCCACCAGAGGUUGCUUGUAGUAGAAGCAUCUCAUGGAGUUGCCACGUAUUUUAAACAGUAGAACGUUUCCCGCUUCUUCCUUGUGACUUUUGUAAUCGCAAUAGGCUUGCUGUGCAUUAGUACUGGGCAUAAGGCAGUUUUUUUCCAGCAGGCCACUGGAAGAGUCAUUUUUCUAACCUUGGGGCCAUGCUAUCAAAAGCAUACAUUGUUUGGAAAGAGAUGACAAACAUCAGCCAGGGCAAUCUGGACUCCCACAGGCAGAAAUUGAAUGGGCUUUCCCCAAAGGAACUUUGAAGCUGAGCUAUUGGGUCUGUUAAAUAUCACCAGUAACUUAAUGGAACCACAUAAAAUUUCCUUGUCUAGUCGAAGUGGGGGGGGGGCAGUGUUCAUCUCAAUUUCUUAGCUGGGGUAGCCAGCACUGUCUGAACUCACUUCCAUGGUUAUGUGGCCAGCGUGAUUAUAAAACGAGGCACAUAGAAUGUGGUUACCUUGUAGUAGCUAUUUAUCUACCUGCGAUGACCUUGUGGUAGCUAGGUUGGCAGGAGCUGGGGCAAGUAACAGGAGGUUCACCCCAUCGCAUGGCACAGGUCUCAAACCCACGCUGACAAUUUUCCAACUGACAAGCUUGUCAUAAAAACUAUUCCUUUUUUAAUGAAGGGAGCCAAGUGCUCUCAUUCAUAAAACCGUGUUUGUGUAUGUGGAGAUGCUGGUCUUCAUGGAGGCCGUAACGCUGAAAUCAGUUCAGUAGCUGCUUGUGACAGGCUGACAUUUUGUGAUGGAUAACGCCUCCACCAUUGGACUAUUAGCUAAGAGGGAUCCCUACCAUUCAGAGUUGGUUACCUCAAGGUGCUAGUGUUUUGUUUUUUUUUUUACAACAUUGUCAGUCUUCGGCAUCAGUUGCCACAGUUGUGUCCCAUACAGUAACUUAAUUCUGCCUGGCUGAGGAAUUCUGGGAGUUGAAGUCCACAAGUCAUAAAAGGGCCAAGUUUGAAGACCUUUGUUCUAAAACAUGGCUGGCUGAGGAAUUCUGGGAAUUGAAGUCCACAACUCUUAAAGUUGCCAAGUUUGGAGACCCUUGUUCUAAAUCUAAAAGAAGAACUGGUCACUGGAGAUAGGGCUGUUUUCCAGGUGGUUUACUGAAAUGGCUACAGUAUUGUGGUACCAAAAUCCAGCAUUAAUAGGAAUGUGUUUUAAAAGGUACUUUGUUUCGUUUCUGGUGUGAUGUUUUGAUGCUCACCCAGAUGCUGAGCCAGCACCUUGUUUGUGAAAGACAGGGCCUCCUCCUUUUUCUUGUUAUGUUUGCUUAUGUAUAUGUGACACAACAGCUCCAAUUUUCUUUGCUGCCUCAUGUAUUUAGAACGCUAAACCUAAUAUUCAAUCCCCUGUACUAUCUACCUUUUCUCUCUUUUAUUAAUUUUCUUUGCUUUUAUAAAGAAGUCGUAAAUUAGAUUCCUAAACCCAAAUAAUAAGCAUGCUGCAGCCUAACUGAGCAUUUUUCUGAUUUCAGGCAACAGGGCCUGGCACCUCACUAUCAGAACAGAGACUUUUAAAGGGUGCAACCUGGGUCUGACUGUAGCCUGUUUUUACUGUGUACUGUUUUAGAAAACUGUUAUAUAUUUCCCUCUUGCCCAGGUCUGUUUCUUCCUUUUGUCUUUGACCAUUUCUAGUAGUUUGGGGCAAAGAUCUACUUAUUUUUAUCCUUUUAUAAAGUGCUUCUAAGUUAUUUCUAAGUGCUGUAUUAAUCGUAAUAAAACAAUCCUGGUAUUGUCCCUUA